AUGGAGAAACUAGAGAAGGAUCUACAACAACGGAAACAGAAGGAUCUACGGAAGCACCAAAGGAUGUAUUCUAACAAACAAUAUGAUAGAGAUCAGACUACCCAAAGAUUCCAAAGAACCCCCAGGAAAGGGAUCAGAAACUACAACCACCACACGAUGAAAGAAAAGGAGAAAUACAUUACAUGGAAUUUCUCACAAGAAGGGGCUAUCCCCAAAGACAAAGAAGGAGAAAGAAAAGGAGAUACAGUAUAA